GAUAGUACAGCAUGGACAAUAUAUUCUACUCUAUAAACAUCUUUUUACAUUGAUAGUAACCGCACUAGAGGAGGUGAGGAUUUAAUAAUAUGGUAACUGUUGAAGCACUGUGGUGUACAUUUGAAACCAAUAUAGGAUUGUUUAUCAAUGAUAAUUCAAUAAAAAGAAAAUGAGUCUCUUGAGGACAGCAUAUAUGUGGGUCUUCUUGUUUUAUCCAUUCAGCCACUCUAUCUUUGGUUUGUGUUUAAUCCAUUUACAUUUAAAGUUACUAUUGAUAGGGAAUGACUAUUGCCAUUUUGUUUGUUGUUUUCUUAUAGUUCUUUUAACCCAGUUUUUCCUCCCUUGUCUUCUUUUGGUUUCUUUGUUUGGAAUUGAUAUGCUUUGGAUCCUUUCUAUUUUUCUUUGGUGUAACCUCUAUUUUAUUUGUUGUUAUGUGGUUUUCAUAAAAUAUAUGUUAAUAAUAUGAUAACUUCAAUUACAUAGAAAAACAUUUCUCACCCCUCAUGUGUUAUGGACCUUGCAGUUUACAUUGGUUUGCAUUGUAUAUCAUUAACAUGUUUUACUUAUAUUUAAUACUUCUAAAGACUCUCAUACUAGAAGUAAAAGUGCUUUACUCAAUUUUUAUAUUAAUACAGCAUUCUGUAUUUGCCUAUAUGUUUAUCUUUACCAACAAGUUAUAUUUUCUUAUUCUGUUAUGUUGCUAAUUUAGCAUCCUUUUGAAUUUUCUCAUUUCUGGUACUGAAGAUCUAGUGAUGAACUCCCUCAGCUAUUGUCUUUCUUAGAGCGUAUUUCUCCUUAAUUCACAAAGGACAGUUUUUCUGAGUAUAAUCCUGAUUGGCAGGAUUUUUUCUUUCACCACUUUGAAUAUACUAUUCCUAUCUCUUAUGGCCUUGAAAGUUUUGCUGAAAAAUAGCCACUGAUAGUCUAAUGGGAGUUAUUGUAUGUGAUAAUUCCCCUUCUCUUGCUGUUUUCAGAAUUCUCAGUUAAUGAAGUCUCAGUGUGGCAAUGUAAUUACAACAUGAAUUUGAUUUAAUAUGUCUAUGGAUUUCUUUGGGUAUGUCUUUUUGUGUGUAAUUUGGCUUCUUGAGUCUAGAUGUCCGCUUUCAUCUUCCCCAGAUUUAGGAUGUUUUCAUCCAUUACUUCUUUGAGUAAGUGUUCUGGUUCUCUCUUUUGCUUCUGAGAGUCCCAUAAUGUCUGUAUUGGUCUCUUUGAUAGUAUCCCAUAAGGACCUUAAGCUUUCUUCACUCUUCAUUCUUUUUGUUCCUUUGACUUAAUUUUAAAAGACCUGUCUUUGAGUUCUCUAAUUUUGUUUUCUGCUUGCUCUAGUCUGAUGUUGAAUCUCUCUGUCGAAAUUCUCAGUUUGGUUAUUAUAUUCUUCAGCUCCAAGAUUUCUCUUUGGUUAUUUUUUAAACUUUGUUUCUUUAUUGAAAUUCCACUUUGUGUAUGUUUUGUUUAGAGCUCACUGAGCUUUUUUAUGACAGUUACUUCAAAUUCUGCAAAAGGUAAUUCUGUACCUACAUUUAAUUAGGGUCAUUUUGUGGUGCUUUUUAUUCUUUUUUUGUUUGGAUUGUGUUUCUUUCUUCUUUUUCCUUCCUUGAUACACUGUUGAUAUGUAUACAUUAGAAAAAGUCACCAUUUGUCCCAUCCUUCAUGGAUUGGCCUCAUUCAGAAGGCCUUCACCCUUCAGAGCUUGUUUGAGCCUCUCUAGCCUUCAUACUAGUCCAAACCACUGUAUUUGUUCUUAGUGCCCCCUAGGCAAUUAGAGUAUGCCAGGUCCCAUCAGUACUCUAAAACAAACACUAUCCCUUAGGUAGCUCCUGGAGAAAUCAGAAUCUUGCAUACGUGAUCCAACUCUUUCCCUCCCCAGGAAGAGGGUGACAGCUGGAGUUUUUCUCCCGCUAUCUCUGCUUUGGGCUGGGUGGAGGCCUAUGAUGAGUGUUUGUAUGCUAGUUCAAAUCAACUUCUUUGUUCGCAGUGUCCCCCAGGUGUCUGGGAUAUGUUGGGUCCCAUCAGUGAUCCAAGACAGAAGCCAGUCCUUUGGGCAACCCCAGGGAGAGUUGGAACAUUUGAUGCACAGUCCGCUCUUUCCAUCCCCAGGAAGAAGCUGGGAGCUGUGGUUUUUCUCCCACUUGCUCUAUAUUAAACUGAGUGAGGAGCUGUCAUAAGGGCCUGCGUGCUGUUCACAUCACUCCCUUUGUUCUCUUUUGCCACCAGGGGCCUAGCAUAUGUCAGGUCCCAUCCAUACUCUGAGGUGAGAUAGAAGUCAAUCCCUCAAACAGCUGCCACAGAACUUAGAACAUUAGAUACAUGGUCCAACUCUUUAUCUUCAGGGAGAUGGCUGGAGUUGUAAUUUUUCACUCAUUCAGUCUGCUCUAGGCUGCAGAUAUAGUGUUUGUGUUCAAACCACCUUUGUUCUCAGUGGCUGUCAGGUAUCUUGAAUGGGCUGGGUCCAAUCAGUGCUCUAAGAGGUGAGACAGAAGCCAGUCCCUUAGUCAACCUUCAGAAAAGUUGGAAUGUUUGAUAUACAAUCCAACUCUUUCCUUCUGUAGGGAGAAACUGGGAGCUGAAGUUUUUCUCCCACUCUGCAUUGAUGAGGAAAAGGAGCUGUGAUCUAGUAUCGAUGUGUGAGACCAAGAUAUUAUCUCUAAAGAAGAGACAUUUUAGUCAAGUAAUAAGUACCCAUGAAGACAUGCCCACUUUUAUUCAGCCAUUUCUUACUCCACAUCAAAAAGCUAUUAAUGAAGAGAAAGUCUGUGAAUGUAAGAUAUGUGGAAAGGCCUUUAAUCAGAAUUCACAACUUACUCAGUAUCAGAGAUUUCAUUCUGCUGAAAAAAACUAUGAAUGUAAGGAGUGUGGGAAGUCCUUUCGUCGUGGUUCACUUGUUACUCGACAUCAGAGGAUUCACACUGGUGAAAAACCCUAUGAAUGUAAGGAAUGUGGCAAGGCUUUUAGUUGUAGUUCAUAUUUUUCUCAACACCAGAGGAUUCACACUGGUGAAAAACCCUAUAAGUGUAAGGAAUGUGGAAAAGCCUUUCAUUAUUGCUCAAACCUUAAUGAUCAUCAGAGAAUUCACACUGGUGAGAAACCUUAUGAAUGUAAAGUAUGUGGAAAAGCCUUUACUAAGAGCUCACAACUUUUUCCACAUCUGAGAAUUCAUACUGGUGAGAAACCUUAUGAAUGUAAGGAAUGUGGGAAGGCCUUUACUCAGCACUCAAGGCUUAUACAACAUCAGAGAAUGCAUACUGGUGAGAAACCUUAUGAAUGUAAGGAGUGUGGGAAGGCCUUUAGUAGUGCCUCAACACUUACUAACCAUCACAGAAUUCAUGCUGGCAAGAAACUCUAUAAAUGUAAAGACUGUGGAAAGGCCUUUAUUCAGAGCUCAGAACUUAUUCAGCAUCAGAGAAUCCAUACAGAUGAAAAACCUUAUGAAUGUAGUGAAUGUGGGAAGGCCUUUAAUAAAGGUUCAAACCUUACUAGACAUCAAAGAGUUCACACUGGUGAGAAACCCUAUGACUGUAAGGAAUGUGGAAAGACCUUUGGUAGUCGCUCUGACCUCAUUCGCCAUGAAGGAAUUCACAUUGGAUGAAUGAUAAGCCCUUUUGAUGAUCUUUAUAAUAUAUAUAUUCUUAAAAAGUAAUUAAAAACAACAGAUAAUACAUGAUUGAAGGUUCCCCUGUGUAGUAGUUUUCUCAGGCUACUGUAACAAAGUACCACAAAACUGGGUGACUUAAAAUGACAGAAAUCUAUUUGUUCACAGCUUUAGAACUUUGAGAUCUAAAAUCAAAGUUGUCAUGGUUGGUUCCUUCUGAGGAAGAAUCCAUUCCAUGGCCUUCUCUUACCUUCUAGUAACAGCCAUAAAUCUUUGACAUUCCCUGGCUUAUAGAUGUAUCACUCCAAUCUCUGGCCUCCAUCUUCACAUUGCAUUCUCCCUGUGUAUCUGUCUCUUCCUGUUCUUUUUUUAUAACUGGAUUAGGUCUCCACUUACUACAUCUGUAAAGACCUUAUAUCCAUGUACAAUCACUUUCACAGGUAUCAGGGUUAGGGCUUCAAUAAGUUGUUUUUUUCUGACAUUAAAAUUUUUCCUUUAUACAUAACUUAUUAAAUUAUUUUUAAAAUGUGAACUCAAGGUCUAAAUUAAACCUACCUUCCAUACCAAAGAUAGAUUCUAUCUCAAACUACUUAUUCACUAAUUCCUUCCCUAUUGUUUUGUUCUCUUUGGUCAUAUAUUUGUGUUUAUAUUAGCUUAGUUUUAAGGUCAUCUUUCCUAUUCCUUUGAUAUAUAAAUCUGUGCUACCACUGCUACACUGUAAGUAUUCCUUUGAUAUAUAAAUCUGUGCUGCCAAUACUACACUCUAAGUAUAACAAGAUGUUUUUUUAUUAUGGGAAGAAUUGUAACCUUAUAGGCAGCUCAGUUUUUUCCUUUUGUAAAACUAGUGUUUUAUUGUAAAAAAGAAAACAAAAAAAUAAAGAUCUGUAAUCCUACCAGA